AGUGAAACCUUCAUCACUCUCUCACUACCUGAAACAUCUUCACUUCCCUUACUACUCAGAGUGCGCAGAGUACCACAACGACCAUGGCUUCCCCUUCUGCUAACCUACACUCCUCCCUACAUUAAAACAUAAAAACCCACCAAUAUUUUCUCUGUCCUCCACUUUUACUCCAUGGCUAAACCUUUCAAGCUCACAUUACUCCUCCUCCUCCUCCUCAUCCUCUCCAUAAUAUCCUCCACCACCUCCCAAAACGCCACCGUUUCAGUCGAAAUCGACGCUCUCACCUCCAUUAAACUCAACCUCAUCGACCCAACCGGAGCUCUUUCCGGGUGGGAUCCGUCGACCCGAUCCGCCCCAUGUGACUGGCGGGGUGUAACUUGCUCCACCACCUUUAACGUCAUUGAACUCCGUCUCCCUUCUCUCCAUCUUUCCGGCACUCUCUCCCCUAAAAUCUCUAACCUCCGUUACCUCCGCCGUUUAUCCCUCCGUCACAACUCCAUUUCUGGCCCGCUCCCUUCUUCCCUCUCUUCUCUCUCUCACCUUCAGCUCAUUUUCCUCCAAUCAAAUUCAUUCUACUCUUCUCUCCCACUUUCUCUCUCCUCACUUCAUUCUCUCUCUACUCUCAUCCUUUCUAACAACUCCUUUUCGGGCCCACUUCCUUCUCUUCCUCCCAAUCUUCAAUACCUUGAUUUAGCCGCUAACUCAUUUUCCGGUGAAAUACCCAGAAAUUUCUCUUCAAACUCUCCUUUUUUAGAACUUAUUAACUUAUCUUAUAAUCAACUUCAAGGAACGAUUCCUGUUUCUAUUUGUGAUUUACAAGAGUUGAAGUUUUUAUCUCUGGAUUUCAAUUUGCUUUCUGGUACUAUUCCUGCUGCUCUUUCUAAUUGUUCUUCACUUGUUCAAUUUACUGCUGAUGGUAACUUUCUUGCUGGGGUUUUGCCAUCUGGUAUUCCGGAUUUACCAAGAAUUGAGAUGAUUUCUUUGAGUCAUAAUAACCUUUCAGGGAUUAUCCCUUCGAGUGUUUUUUGUAAUGUUUCUGGGUUUUCUUCAUUUAGUUUGAAGGUUGUAAAGUUAGGUUUUAAUAAGUUUACAGGAAUCAGAGAAUUCGAAAGUGGGUGUUCGAGUUCUUUGAGGGAAUUGGAUCUUCAAGGGAAUUUAAUUCAAGGGUUUUUGCCUGUUUGGUUCGGGGAUUUAAGUAGUACAUUGGUCAAUUUGGAUUUAUCUGGAAAUUUUUUCAAUGGGUUGAUUCCUAAAGAGUUUGGUAAUCUUAUUAAGCUUGAAGAACUAAGAUUAAGUAAUAAUACUCUAAGUGGGAAUGUGCCUGUUGAGUUCACAAAAUGUAGUCAUUUAAGGGUUCUUGAUUUGGGUGGGAAUCAAUUUUCUGAGGAAUUACCUGGUUUUUUAGGUGAAAUGUUAGGGUUAAAGACUCUAUCAUUGGCUAGGAAUCAGUUUUCGGGGAUGAUCCCGUCGAGUUUUAGGAACCUUUCAGGACUUGAGAGUCUUGAUGUUAGUGAUAAUAGGUUAACUGGUGAAUUGCCAAUGGAGUUAGUUAAGUUGACCAAUUUGACUGCAUUGAGCAUUGGUGGGAAUCGAUUUUCCGGGGAGAUUCCGGCUAGUAUUGGAGAUUUAAGGCAGAUUUCUGUUCUUAAUUUGAGUAAUAAUGAGUUAAGUGGUAAAAUCCCUGAUGGUGUUGGUAAUCUUUUUAAGCUUAAGGUUUUGGAUUUAAGUAAACAGAAUUUAUCAGGAGAAUUGCCUUCUGAGUUAACAAGUUUGCCUAAUCUACAAGUUGUUGCAUUGCAAGAGAAUAAGUUUAGUGGGGAUGUUCCUGAGGGUUUUAGUAGCUUGCUGGGGUUAACCUAUUUGAAUUUAAGCUCCAAUAACUUCUCCGGUAGUGUACCUUCGACAUUUGGUUACUUGAAGUCUCUUAUGGCUCUUUCUUUUUCCCAUAAUGAUAUUUCCGGGUCCAUCCCACCCGAGCUUGGAAAUUGCUCGAAUCUGCAAGUUCUUGAACUCGGAUCUAACUCUCUUAAUGGUGAUAUUCCUGAUGAGGUCGUUCGCCUUUCGCGUUUAGUUAAGCUAGAUUUAAGUGACAAUAGUUUAUCCGGUGGAAUUCCCGAACAAAUUUCGAGUUGUUUGGCUCUUGAGUCUUUGUUGCUUAAUAGGAAUAACCUCUCUGGGGUCAUACCAGUUUCGCUGUCGGAAUUGAACAAGUUACAUACACUUGAUCUCUCUGACAAUAAUUUGACUGGUUCGAUACCAGAUAAUCUCACUGCCAUCCCUGCAUUGACAUACUUCAAUAUAUCUGGGAACAACUUGCAAGGGGCAAUCCCGAGUGCGCUUGGUGCAAGGUUUAGUGACCCAUCGGCGUAUGCUGAUAAUCAGAAGCUUUGUGGGCAGCCUUUGGAUAAGAAAUGUGCCUUAGAUAAGGCUGCUAAGAGGAGAUUGAUUUGGUUAUUAGUUUUGAUUAUUGGUGGAACUUGUUUACUUGCAUUGUGUUGUUGCUUCUAUUUGUUUAGUCUCUUAAGGUGGCGUAAGAGACUAAGAGAGGGCGCAACGAAGGAGAAGAAGCGUAGCCCUGCACGGACUAGCUCUGUCACUGGAACCGGAAGCACAGGCCGAGGCAGCAGUGACAGCAGUGGAGGCCCUAAACUUGUUAUGUUCAAUAACAAGAUCACUCUCGCGGAGACUAUGGAAGCGACAAGAAAUUUCGACGAGGAAAAUGUUUUGAGCAGGACGAAAUAUGGUCUGCUUUUCAAAGCUAGUUACAAUGAUGGAAUGGUUCUGUCUAUCAGGCGACUGCCAGACGGAACACUCGAUGAAAGCUUGUUCAAGAAAGAAGCUGAAGCUCUAGGGAAAGUGAAACACCGGAACCUAACUGUUCUUCGUGGGUACUACGCAGGUCCUCCUGAUCUUCGUCUCUUGGUGUAUGACUACAUGCCUAAUGGAAACUUGGCGACCCUUUUGCAAGAAGCUUCUCACCAAGACGGUCAUGUCCUCAAUUGGCCGAUGCGACACCUCAUUGCGCUAGGAAUUGCUCGAGGGUUAGCAUUCCUUCACACGGCACAAUUGGUUCAUGGGGAUGUGAAGCCCCAAAACAUCCUUUUUGAUGCUGAUUUUGAGGCACAUUUAUCAGAUUUCGGGCUUGAAAAACUCGUUAUCGCAUUGGCAACCCUAGUUGAUCCUUCGGGUUCCACUACUUCAGUCGGAACACUAGGCUAUGUUUCUCCGGAAGCAUCCCUUACAGGAGAAGUAACCAAAGAGUCAGAUGUCUACAGUUUUGGGAUCGUGUUGCUUGAACUCCUAACAGGCAAAAGGCCAAUGAUGUUCACACAAGAUGAAGAUAUUGUGAAAUGGGUUAAAAGACAGCUCCAAAGGGGUCAAAUUACCGAGCUUUUAGAACCCGGAUUGCUCGAACUCGAUCCCGAAUCAUCAGAAUGGGAAGAAUUCUUGUUAGGCAUAAAAGUUGGAUUGCUAUGCACAGCACCAGACCCAUUAGAUAGACCAUCCAUGGCUGACAUUGUUUUCAUGCUUGAAGGCUGUCGGGUCGGGCCUGAUAUACCUUCAUCAGCCGACCCGACUUCUCAUCAUUCUCCUAUUUAAAUCCAUUUCAUUAGGCUUAAUUGUACUCCCAAGUGUAAACUGUUGCAUAAUCCAAAAUUCUUUCAUUCAAAUGGAUUGUAAUUUGUGACAGUAAGAUUUUUUUUUUAUUUUUUUACUUUUUUGUGAACUUUUCUGUCAUUUAGUGUAGUCUAAUGAUGACUUUCUUGCUAUGAAAUUUAAUUUUGGACUUUUUUUCA